GUCUUUGUUUCUAUCCGCGAGCAUCCCCAACCGUCACUCCACCGUCUCAUCCUAUUGGACACUUGCACUGCACCUGUUCGACUCACCCGCCAAUCACACGCUUCGGGCUGUGUACUCCAAGAUGGCGGCUUCCAGUGCUCCGUGUCAGACAUCAUCGCAUAUGAAAGCUAAAUAUUACUAUCUGCCGCUCGUGUAAACGCAUGAAGAGACGAGACCAGAAGAAGCCGAGUGGGGCUGAGUUGUCGCCAGUAAAACGCGGAAACUGGUUCCAUAUGGUUUGUUCGCGCGAGGAGCCGGUCUCGGUGUCGGUCUGAAGGGGGUUGUGUUAUCCGAGUAUGGCCACCGAGAACAGGAUCAAUUUUUGGAGGAGAAACGCAAAGGUUCCCGGAAGUGUACAACCAGUUUAUGGAGCACAGCAUCCACCUCUCGACCCACGAUUGCGACGCACGUAUCCCAAAGACACAAAGCCUAAGUUCAACAAUCUCAAAUCCAAAAAGGCCUCUAGCUUCCACGAGUUUGCCCGCAGCACCAAUGAUGCUUGGGACAUCGACGAAGAGGAGGACGAGGAUUUCCUUGGGACCCCCGCCCAAACUUCAUCAGGCCUCCACUCAGUGUCCACACAGAACCAGCAGCAGCAGAAACAGGCUGUUGACACAGAAACUGGGGUGUCACACAGACUGGCACCUCCCAGGCCAGAAGCUGAAAACCUCCAGGAUGGGCAGGAAGAAGACGCAGAGUGCGAGCAUGUCAAUGGCAAGGUGGUCAAGUCUAGUAGUGACGCCUAUCUCAACACGUCCUCAGUUCGCUCCACGCUGCAGAAGCAGCAGUCUCUGCCAGUUCGUCCCAUCAUCCCACUGGUGGCACGCAUGUCAGACCAGAACGCGUCAGGGGCACCACCCAUGACGGUGCGGGAGAAGAGCCGACUGGAUAAAUUCAAGCAGCUGCUGGCUAGUCCCAACACUGACCUAGAGGAACUCCGGAAGCACAGCUGGUCGGGCAUACCAAGAGAAGUCCGGCCAAUCACAUGGAGACUUCUCUCUGGCUACCUGCCGGCCAACAAGGAGCGCAGAGAGCUGGUGCUAAAAAGGAAGCGAGACGAAUACUUUGGCUUCAUAGAGCAGUAUUACCACUCCAGGACAGACGAGCACUAUAAAGACACAUACAGACAGAUCCACAUCGAUAUUCCAAGAACCAACCCUCUAAUUCCCUUGUUCCAGCAGGCUGUAGUACAAGAGGUGUUUGAGCGUAUUCUCUUCAUCUGGGCCAUCCGUCACCCAGCCAGCGGUUACGUCCAGGGAAUCAAUGAUCUGGUCACACCCUUCUUUGUGGUCUUCCUCUCUGAGUUUGUCACAGAAGAUGUGGAGAACUUUGAGGUGGCAGCGCUGCCCCUGGACACCCGGAGAAACAUCGAAGCUGACAGCUUCUGGUGCAUGAGCAAGCUGCUGGAUGGAAUACAGGACAACUACACUUUUGCUCAGCCUGGAAUCCAGAAUAAAGUGAAAGCUUUAGAGGAGCUGGUCAGCAGGAUAGAUGAGGACAUUCACAAUCACUUUAAGAGGUAUGAGGUGGAGUAUCUGCAGUUUGCUUUCCGAUGGAUGAACAAUCUGUUGAUGAGGGAGCUGCCGCUUCGUUGCACUAUUCGUCUCUGGGACACCUACCAGGCUGAAGCGGAGGGUUUCUCCCACUUCCACCUGUACGUCUGUUCUGCUUUCCUCAUCGAGUGGCGCAAAGAAAUCCUCUCCAUGGUUGACUUUCAGGGCCUCCUCAUGCUACUGCAGAACCUUCCUACAAUCCACUGGGGUAACGAGGAAGUGGGUCUCCUCCUGGCUGAAGCUUAUAGACUGAAGUACAUGUUCGCAGACGCACCCAGCCACUACAAGAGAUAGUUCUCACUCUCUCACUCUCUCACUCUCUCACUCCAUUAUGAAAUCCAACCAGACUGUGACUGGAAGGACCCACAGUGUCUGAGCUACUCCAGAUGUCAAGUGUUGUCUUUGAGGUAACCUGGAAGAAACAGAAGAAAACUUUUCCUGUGAAAAUGAAGUCCAGUGAAUGUCACACUGGCUUUGGGUGUAUGGUGCACCCAGAGAGCUCAGAGAAUUCAAGACUAUUAGCAGUCGAUGCACUGCACUGUAUGGAUGGACUGUUACGGUAUGAAUAACUAUAGCUGUGCCACCUUGGUUUACUUAUACAGUUUUUGGUCAUGCAACAUUAAUUGUCUCUCAACUGAAAUGUACACUCAGAAGAACACGCUGUAAUAUAAAAGGGAUGAUGUGUGUGAAAAUCCUUUUAGUGAAAAGAUGGCAUCUACAGAUUAUAUUGUUGUGAUAAGUAAUAUGCCCCCCCCCCCCCCCCCCCCCCCCCCUUGCCAAAUUUGCACUGUACAAUCAACUUAUAAGUACUUAUUUUGGACUUCGAUUGGGUCAGUUUAAUUGAUUGCCAGAACUGGUAUUUUGGAUUUUAUUGGGUAUUAGACCUAAGAGUAGCAAAAAUUAUGUACAGUGUUUUAUUUCAGGUUGUGUUUUGGGUUAAAAGUGAAGAAACAUAGUAACACUGACACAAAAUGAGGUCUUCAACAACCGGUCGGCAUUUCUUUAUGCAUAACGAUGAGAGUAAAUGAUCGUAUAAUAAUCCAUGAAGUGUCUAAUUUGAUUUACCUGUGGUUACUGUAUAAAAAAAAACUGCAUAUGCAUACAAGUAGUUAAUGUUCGAUUUCCUCAGUUCAGGGUCAUUUUAAGUAAAUAUGGGGUUGAAGAUGUUUUUUAAAUGGAGGAAAUGCCUUGUAAUGAAGGACAUUUAUUCACACCAUCCUACUUGAGACAGUCCUGUGGACACAGUGCAGCUCACAAUGUAUGACGGUGCCUUUGUUAUGAGCCUUUGUAAUGUUCUCCUGUCUUUAAAGUGUAACAUGGAUACAUGCUUUGUUAUCAUUAAUGCUUGUAUUUUAUAUUUCUCUUAAGGUUCAGGUUAGGCUGCUCUUGUAUCUGUGACUAUUUGGAGGGUGGGGAGGGUGAAUAUGUCUGUUACUCAUCUACCUUCAUUACCAGUGAUAAGUAUAUCACAAUGUAUGUUUGGAAAAAUAUGACAAUCAUUAACCUUUGGUAAUUUGAUUUCCCUCCUAAAAGAAGUGUUUUUGUUUAAAGUCAGGACUUACUGUGCACUAGAUUCCCGUCUGUUAAUCUGGUGAAUGCAUAUUGGAAGAAAAAAAUUAAUAGAGAAACAUAAUUCAUGGUUAGCAUAAGUCCUAAUUCCUAUUCAGGACUUAUUCAGCCCUUCUGAAAUGAGGCAAUUCAACCAUAGCUUGAGGUCUAAGUUACUUUAUGACAUAACAUUCAGUGAUGUGCUUCUGAAGAUGGUUACCAUGGUAUUACAUUAGGUCUAUGAACUUGAAUCCUUUUUAUUUUUUGGAAAAAUCCCUUCACAUACUUAUUUAUGGUUUAUUCAUUGACAGUUUUUGCUUUUGUUGAUCAACCUUGUUUUACCCAUGUAAAACAUUUCAGAUGUUUUUUGUGAGCAUUGUUAUUGUUGAAUGUAUGCCUUUUAGCCUUAAAUUAGUUUGAAUUUUUUCAUUCAGGUGCAUCAACUGAUUGUUCACUUCAUGCUGUUUUUAUCUAACGGUUAUUGCGUCCUCAAAAUAUGAUGUUGAUAAUUAAAGGCUGACAAAAAAAAAAACUUGUUGAUUUGUU